AUGCUUGAAUCAACAUGUGAUGUGCCAGCAACUGACUCAAUCGAUUUAAAUAAAACUUCUUCCAUAACUAUAACUAAUAUUGUUACUGAAUUACGUGAACUUCAAUCAUUAUUUUCAUCUUGCGAACAGUUAAUCAAACAAACCCAAGCACCAGACUUUUCAGAAGAAAUAUUCACUAUUCAUUUCAAGUUAUUAUGCACAUCGUUGAAAACUAUGACAACAAAAAUUGAACAACUUUGUGAACAACAAACGGCGAAGAUCGAAAACAAUCGUGGUAUCAUAACAGCUAAAGAUCAAUCUAAAUUUGUUAGUCGUGAUCCAGCGGAUAACAGAAAAUAUGAUGAUGAUGAAUUACGAUAUUUGGUAUCAUGUGGUCCUUAUCGUGAUUUAAACUUGUCAUAUCCUCAAAACCCUGAAUUAAAAAGGAAGAACAAACAAUGCUCUUUUACAUCUAAUUGGUACAAUGAUUUUCCUUACUUGGAAUACAGCAUAAAAAAAGACGCUACUUUUUGUUUUUGUUGCCGCUUAUUUGGAGUCGGACCUGUUGGUGAAAAAUCUCAAGCAACAUGGUCGUCAACAGGUGUUUCUUCGUGGUCCAAAAUGACAGGUCGCGAAGGGAAAUUAGUGAGACAUUUCAAGUCUAUUUCACACAUAAAUGCUGAAAGUCGAUUAUUAAAUUUUUCUCAAAAGAAAACAAACAUUGAUUUAAUGUUGGAUGCUGGUCGAAGAGCAGCUGAUCAAAAAAGAGAAGAAGUUUUAAAAUUAAAUGAAAAAGUUGUUCUAACUUUACUUGAUAUUGCUCGAUUUCUUAGUAGACAAUCAUUGGGAUUUCAAGGUAAUGUAGAAUCUGAAGGAAACUUUGUUGCAGCUGUUAAUAUGAUGCGUCGUCGUGAUCCAGUACUUGAUAAAUGGUUUGAAGACUCUAGUUUGCGACCAUAUCACAGUAAUUAUCUUCAUCAUGAUUCACAGAAUGAGUUUAUAGAAUUAUUGGGAAUGGCUGUACACAAAUCGAUUUUAAAAGAUAUUGAUGAUGUCCCAUUUAUUUCAAUUACUACUGAUUCAACUAUGGAUGCUUCGCAUAAAGAAAUUUACACAAUUAUCGUUCGAUAUGUGAAGAAUUUUGAUGUUCAAGAACGAAUAAUAUCUGUAUCAGAGUUAAAGUCAAAGGUAGGCUUAGAUAUUUGUGAACACAUUUUAGAACAACUGAAAAAAUGUGGCAUUUCAACUGACAAAAUCAUAGCCCAAUCUUAUGACAAUGCGUCGAAUAUGUCUGGAAAAAAUUUAGGAGUUCAGGCAUGCCUGAGUAAGUAUUUAAACAGACCAAUAUUGUAUAUACCUUGUAGUGUUCAUUCGUCAAAUUUGGUUGUACAACAUGGAAGUCUUAUUGAUAUUGCUUAUGUUAAUUGUUUUGGUAUCUUACAGGAACUGUUUAAUUUCUUCACAGGUAGUAUUAAACGAUUUUCUGUGCUUUGUGAACAAUUAAGUACAACAAGCUACGGUACGCAUUUUUCGGUCAUCGACAUAUUUUAA